AAUGGCUUCCUAUAGAAGUUUGUCCGUGUUGUUGGAGUUUUUUGGAAUUAGCUCAAUGAAUAAGAGAGCCUCUUUAUACAGUGAAAAAUGUAGAAGUGCAUAAUAAGAAAAACAACCCAGAGAAGUUUUUAGCAAUUUUCAUUAUUUAGUGUCAAUAACAUAUUCUUUUUUUCGUUUCAAGAAAUCAUUUUAAAAAAUAAUUUUCAAUAUCUCUGUUUCCAAUCAUCAUUUUACAGGUAAUGCUAGGAGCAGGUACUGAUACAUCAGCAGUGACAUUGGAAUGAGCAAUGUCCAACCUACUCAACAAUCCGAACACAUUGAAGAAGGCUAGAGAUGAAUUGGACACCCAAGUUGGAGAAGAAUUCUUGCUGGACGAAACCCAUCUCUCGAAAUUACAAUAUCUCCAAAAUAUCAUCUCUGAAACCCUACGGUUAAAUCCAGCAGCUCCACUUCUGGUUCCUCACGAGUCAUCAGAAAGUUGCAGUGUUGGAGGAUACAAUGUUCCUCGUGACACAAUCUUACUGGUUAAUGCAUGGGCUAUACAUAGAGAUUCUACAGUCUGGGAUGAUCCAACCAGUUUUAAACCUGAUAGAUUUGACAACGAAGGAGAGGAUCGUAAGCUCAUAGCAUUUGGGUGCGGUAGAAGGUCGUGUCCUGGGGCAGGCUUAGCACAACGAGUAGUGGGUUCCACGUUGGGGUCAUUGAUCCAAUGCUUUGAAUGGAAAAGGGUCAGUGAGAAGGAAGUUGACAUGACAGAAGGAAGAGGGAUAACAUUGCAGAAAGUAGUGCCUCUGGAGGCCAUUUGCAAAUCACGUCCUAUCAUGGAUAGGAUUUUGUGUUGAGGUGUUUUAGCACGCAUGCUAUUUAUUAUAUAUAAGAGUGCGAAACUUUGUUGUAA